AUGGCAGACCAAGCAAACUACCCCCAAUCAAACUACCCCCAAGGCGCAGACCAGCACCGCGGCGGCGGCGGCGGCGGGAUGAUGAAGAACAUCUCAGGCUCGCAGAUUAUGGCGGUUGUCACGCUGUUUCCUCUCGGGGGCCUUCUGCUGCUGCUCGCCGGGAUCACGCUCACCGGAACCCUGAUCGGUCUGGCGGUGGCGACGCCGCUUUUCGUGAUCUUCAGCCCGGUGCUGAUCCCGGCGGUGCUGACCCUAGGGCUGGCGGUGACGGGGUUCUUGACGUCAGGAGCUUUCGGGAUCACUGCGCUCUCUUCUUUGUCGUGGAUCGUGAACUAUCUCCGUCAGGCGGGGAGCUCUGCCGGCGGUGACCCGAUAGAGAUGGCGAAGCAGCGCGUGCAGGGGACGGCGGGGUAUGUGGGACAGAAGGUGAGAGAUGUGGGGCAGAAGACUCAGGAAACUGCUGGCAGAGCUUGA